CCAGGGAUUUUGGUUAAUUUUAUUAUUUUUGAAUUUUUGCGCUUUUUUUUUAUUUUUUUUCCCUUGGAUUUUCCGGGCUGCCAUGAGGAUUACUGCAGUGGAGAAAGGACACCUCCGGUGGAGAAGGACUUGGAGGUCCAUUUCAGGUCCAGCUAACCACCGAAACAGCUGUCCGAACAUUUGAAAAGGGCUGGACACACGUCAAGAGAGUGAAGGGUCCGGUAGCACCACCAAUUGAAGAAAAGAAACCUCCGGACAAACCAUCAAACUGAACACCCUGUUUGAAAACUCCACUCAGCAUCCCUCAGUCCAAGUUAAUAAAACCCUGUACUCCCAGUUUAUUCCCAGUUAUACCCCAUUAAUAAGUGCAGUUUAUCCCCUGUUAUACCUCGGUAAUAAGUGCUAGCUACAAGUUGUUAAAUUAAGUUGAAAAUGUUUAUCUGUUAAUUCUGUUCUUUGUUAUUCCCUUUUACAGACUCUGCCUUCACACAACCAUAUUGUCACAUCAACUGUAUAGUAAGGCUCCAUUUGAAGCCAGCAUUCUCUUUCAAUAACAGUCCAAUCAGACUCCAAAUUUACGGGCAUGAUAACUCUAAUCUAUGACAAGGCCAACCCCAAAAUAACCAUGAGUUUCCAGAAGCCUGAGAUCACUGAAGAAGAACCAUCUGAAGGUGAGAAGCCUAAAGAAAGGACUAAAGAAGCAAAGAUGACAAGCCCCACCAGCAGAGGCAACCCAAAUACUAACAACUGCUCCCGGGUCUGCCUAAAGGGGAAAGUGAGCAACAUCCUGCUACUAAAUGUCAUCUGUCUCUGGGUCCUCUGGCCUCCCUUCACACAAGCAGCCGACAGCCGCUGUAACAAAUGUUACAAGACGGUGUAUCAGGCAGAAGGAAGCUCAUUCCAAAUUCGACACUUUUUCCGAGCACAUACUUAUGUUAAUCCAUCUUGUUACAACAUAACAGAGCUGGGUAUCUGCUCAGAAAAAGGUCACAAGUAUUGGAUUGGCAAAAACAUUGGCACCCAAACACACAAGCAGAAGGGAGAGUGCCCCUCCCAAGACAAUUGGCUCUGUUUCAAUUUUAGAUACAUAACCAGGACAGAAGAUUUGUUAAAAAGAAAGACCUAUGACACCGACCUGAUUCAAGAGGUGGUCAUAGAAGAAAAAGAAAAACAAAAAGAAAACAAUCCUUUGAUGUCAAGGAAAAACUUAUUUAUUGACCUGGCAGAAAGGAUUGGAAAACAGCUAAAUUUAACAAAUUGCUGGGUGUGCGGAGGAACUUUAGAAUCGGAAAGUUGGCCUUGGCGGGGAGUCAGUCUUGGACCCCCCGAUUUACUCCGACUGAGUAAUCUUUCCCCCACAACCCGACAUGACAAUGAAACCUGGCUGCUAAGCAAUUCUGUUAUUGGAGAAGAAUGCAUCUGGAGGAAAGGAAGAAAAUUCUUAGAAGAAGUUGGUGAGACAAUAUGCAAAAGGUACCUGGUAACUGAUGGGCAAAAACACUGGUGGAUACCCCAAGAACCAGAUGUAUUCUGGUCUGCAGAAAAGAUUAAAAACAAAAAUUGCAUUUUGAAUCCUGUUAAAAAACUCUGGCAGUGUUGGGAUCAAGGAAAUCCAUUCUCUGUCCUGCCACAAAUUUCCAAAUACUGGAUCACAGCAGCAAGUAUACAAUCCCACUUCUGGGAAGCACCACAAGACCUCUAUUGGAUCUGUGGUAACCGAGCUUACUCCAGCUUACCACCUCGCUGGAAAGGGAGCUGCACUCUUGGAGCCAUUCAGCCAAACUUCUUCCUACUUGCUGAAAACGCUGGAGCCCACCUUGGAAUCUCCCUUUAUGACGAACUUUCCCGUACCAAAAGACAUGUAAUAGGGGGGACCCAGAGAUGGGAAGAGGAAGAAUGGCCAGCCGAGAGGAUCCUAGAGACUUAUGGACCUGCAACAUGGGCACAAGAUGGGAGCUGGGGGUACCGAACUCCCAUCUACAUGCUAAACCGGAUCAUCAGACUGCAAGCACUAAUUGAGGACUUAUUUUUCUCCCUUGUUUAAUCCCUUGUUUCAUCCGUUUAAUCACCACUGUCAUCCAAAGCAUGCCACUGAUCCAAGACCUCCAGGGACAACAGCAGUAUCCACCAUCCACUCAAAAGAUUAUGUAUAUCAAUAAUAAGAAGAAAACCAAAAAGGAAAGAAAAAUUGCCUAGCAAGUGUGGGACAGUUUUAAACAGCUUGAAUCCAUCCCUGAAGAAGCUACCCACCUUCACUUAAAUGCAAAGACCAAAGAUGCGAGCAUAAGAGAAAAAGGGGGGACUUGUCAUACAUGAAAUCCCUAUUUGUGCUUGGUCUU